CCACAUCACCGAUUAAGCUGCCAUGCCGGGGUAACUUCUCCGUAACGACAUGCAAAGCCAGAUUCGAGCCACCCAGAGGCCACCGAGGACCUGUACCAAUUGUGCAAAGCGGAAAGUCAGGUGCGAUAAGAGAUUGCCAUGCCACCAAUGCAUUCAUCGAGGACAAGCCGAUACGUGCAAACUGGAGCUUGUUCGGGUGAGGGGUAAUCUGGUUGAGAGUGCGCCUUCACAUCGACCCAGAUACCGUAACUAUGCCGAGCUUCUGCAGGAGAACGCGAUGCUUCGGGCUAUGCUCGCCGGGCAAACCGCGCAGACAGAUGUUCGCACUCCCGAGACCAACGCAGAAAAGACGCCCAAGCUAAAUGUGCACGGAAGAAGGCGCACCGAAGACGUAGUGCGGCGCCUGUUCGACGAGAUUGGAACUUCUUCGAGGCCGCGGACUGUGUGUGAACUGAAAGAUGUUAUCUUGCCUUCUCGGGACUUCAGUCAGAACAUGGUCGAGAAUGCCUUUCAGUGGACAUUUUGGAUCCACUUCGCGUUGUUUACUCCUCAGUUCCGACGCGAACACGAGGAAUUUUGGGCUAGGAUCCGAGCGAACCAGUCUGAGUCUCUUGCGCAGAUGGACCCAUCAUGGAUGGCAAUCUACUUCAGCGUCUUGGCCUCAACACUGAUGUUUAUGGAUGAAAAUGAGAACAAGGAGAGGCGACCAGCUUGUGUGGAUUUCACGAGCCUUCUUCAAAAUUGGUAUGAAUCUGCGCUGUUGUUUCUUGACAGGGCCGACUACAUGAAGAAGCCGGACUUGCCAGAUGAGGUCGACGAUGAUGAGCUGCAGAGUGUAUCGGGAGGAUCAAGACUUCCUAAAUCCAAGCCACGAGCGGUUAGAUACCACAUCGCGAUCGCGGAGGUCGCGAAAGUUUACCACCGACUUCGUUUCACGCUCAGACUACGUCAGUGGGAUGCUGAUGAGGUUGCUCGGUUCGUCUUUGAUGCAGAUGAGCAACUCGCAAACCUGAUAGUCGACCUUCCUUCAUAUCUUCAAUCCGACGAAAAGUCCACACCCACUACACAAGCACGCGACGCCCAUUAUCCAUUCAUACCGUGGCAGAAGAAGAGUUUGGCCAAAGUCCUGCUUUACUACCGGAUGGCAGUCAGCUGCCAGCUGCAGGAACAUUGGCUGGACGGAUCAACCGACGGUGCUCGGACGAGGGCCAUCUGCAUGUCUUCGGCCAGAGGACUCAUCCAGUCAACUCUGUCGGAGACUGCAGAUGCGUCCAAGCUACGCCCCUGGUAA